GCUUCACUGUACAAAUAAGUUCACAUAGGCCUAGAGGAUUGUAUAACUACCGUCAUGUCGUUUUGUGGCUGGUUCAGCGGGGAACAUUAUAGAGAUCACUUCGAGAAAGGAGUGUAUGCGUGUAAGAAGUGUGGAAAUGAAUUGUUUCAUAGUUCACAGAAGUAUGAACACUCAUCUCCUUGGCCAGCCUUUACCAGGCUUAUCAAUCAUGACUCUGUAAGAAGGAGAGCCGAAUCAAAGAAUGCUAUUAAGAUUCAUUGUGGGCAGUGUGGUAAUGGUUUAGGUCAUGAGUUCCUUGGUGAUGGACCAAAGAAGGGCAUGAAUCGUUACUGAAUAUUCAGUGACUCAUUGGCGUUUGUAGCCAAUGAGGAUCGUAAGAAGCAGAGUGUGGAGAGCUGAUCCCAACCCAAAUCCAGGUACUAAAUGCUCAAGACAGCCAGUAACAUGUUCAGUACAGAUAUUGUACCUAACCAUAGGAAAAGCAUUAAGAGAUGGCAUCAGAAAAUGAUUUCUCUUUGUUUAGACAGAAAUCAUCUUAAUCCUAUAAUAAUAACUUUAACAAUGAAGUUUGUGAAAUUCAUGAAUUUUUGUACUGAUGCUGAAAUCAAAGGAAACCCUUAUUGUUAAAUAUUUCUGCAACAAACUUAAGAUAUGCUAAACGAUAUGGUAAAAAUCCACAAUUAUAUUUGGUUUCCUUUGAUGUUGAUAAAAGCUGACUGGACAAGUCCUACAAGUUACUAUAUUUGUUGAUAUUCAAUAGAGUUCAGGUUUAUAAACUGUUGUUUCUGGCUGUGCUGACAUGGAGACCUGAGUAGGUCUGUGGUAAUGACGAGGACACCUGUGGCACUGAAGCUGACAGGAUGAAGCCAUCAGGAACAAGCCUAAACAGGAAAACCUGACAGUGGAAAAGCGUCUAAUCAGUGUCCACUUGUGGUCAGCGAUGAUACAACAGAUCUUACACAUCAUUCUUGUAACAAUCAACCUUAACUAGAGUCAGUAAUAUGUUAUGAUGUUUCAAAGAAAGUUGGUCCAUAUAAUCAUCUUAUUUUGGCUACGAUCCACUCAGACACUGUACAAAAUACAUAUCAUUACAUUAUGGUGUCCACUUAUACAUUGAAAUGUUCUGACAUAGUUUUAUCAUCACAUACAGUACUGAAAAUGAAAUGAUAGCUUGUGUAAACUGACCUUGCAGUCAUGAUUUCUCAGUUUUGAGAUUUCUUGAUUCUGCUAAGUAGAAAUUUGAUGACAGUUGGUGCUAGUAAUUAUAGAUUAAGUCAAAAGGAUGGUAAUUAGGUUUUAAUGGCUACAGGGAGCUCCAUCUACCUUUGUGUGGAUAUAAACAGCAUGUUAGUAAUCAGCAUUAUUACAUCUGUGAUAUUUCACUGUUAAUAAUGACCAUUUAUCUUAUGUCUCCAUACUUAUACAUACUUAAAUCAACAGUGGGAUUUGUCUUCCUAAACUAAUGUCGAUGUUUUAUUUAUAUCGUUUGAUAUUGUCAGAUUAAAACCAAAUCAAAAUGCAAUGUUUUCCAUGUAUAUUGUUUUGAUAGUUUCACUAUCUACAAUUUUGUUGAGAACAAUUCUGUAGUGUUGUGUAUUAAGUACAUAAUCAUGUAUUCCAAUGUCAGUCUGCUACACUGAGUGUAAUUUUGUGAGGAUAGUAUUAAUGUGUAGCAUUUUAGUUUUUGUAUUUUAUUUACCUGUGGUACAAAUUAUUCUGUCUUUUGUGUUUUAUUUACAUGUGGUACAAAUUAUCCUGUCUGGUCCUCCACCUGUACUCUUACAUUCACAAUGCCGUCAUAUUUUUCCUACUGAGAAACUUUCAGUCUCAGGUUUGAACUUUUUUACAUGCAGACAACUUAUUCAGUCUGUUCUUAUUGUUUUGUUUUGUGUGAUUUUAUCCAUUUUUGAAAUUACACCUUAUUUGUAAAUAAACAAACUCCUUCAGGGUACUACAGUCAUUGGUACAAGGAAAAGGGUCUAAAAUCCCCCAGGAUACCUCAGUCAUUGUGCAGGGAGAGAGGUUUUUAAAAUCCCCCCAGCAUACCUCAGUCAUUGAUACAAAGAGAAAGGUUUAAAAUCCCCCCAGGGUACCUCAGACAUUGUGCAGGGAGAGAGGUUUAAAAUCCCCCAGGGUACCUCAGUCAUUGUGCAGGGAGAGAGGUUUAAAAUCCCCCAGGAUACCUCAGUCACUGGUACAGGGAGAGAAGUUUAAAAUCCCCCAGGAUACCUCAGUCAUUGUGCAGGGAGAAAGUUUUUUUAAAUCCCCCCCAGCAUACCUCAGUCAUUGAUACAAGGAGAAAGGUUUAAAAUCCCCCCAGGGUACCUCAGUCAUUGUGCAGGCAGAGAGGUUUAAAAUCUCCCCAGGGUACCUCGGUCAUUGGUAGAAGGAGAGAGGUUUAAAGUCCCCCCAGGAUACCUCAGUUAUUGUGCAGGGAAGGAGGUUUUUAAAUUCCCCCAGGGUACCUCAGUCAUUGUGCAGGGAAAGGGUUACACUAACUUAACGUAUCACAUAGCAAGUUCAUUGAUAUAAGUCAACACAAAGAACUAGAGUACAUUGGUCUCCAGGGUAGUAAGUAACAAAGCCAAUAGAGAAAGAAUUCCUUCAGAAAUGUUCAGUAAAAGACCAGUUUUUUGACCUAGUAAUGAACGGUCACAAAUUAUUAUACAAUGAGGCUUUCUUUUGUGAAUUCAAUAAUUUAACAAACAUAACAAGUACAGCAUUGUAGAUGUUUAUUAAUCUUAUGCCAGUUCUCACUUUUUUUCCAAAUCAGUGAUUAUAUGGUUAUUUCUGGAAACAUUCAUUAUAAAUCUUGUCUAUUUUUGAGUCUGGCUGCCAAAUGAAACUUGAGGACAAAUAAGAUAAAAAUCAAAUGGAGUUCUAAAUGUUUUAUUCCAGAUACUCAUUUACAGUGUGAUACUGUCAUCAUCUUGGUGUUUCCAUGGAUAUCAAUAUGACCUAAUGUCUAAUCAUAUGUCAAAGGUAGCAACAGGUGAUAUUACAAUUAAUGACUUAAUCAGGUUCAUCUUCUGCAUUACAUGAUAUUGUUGUAAAAAAAUAUUGUAUAUAUAUCAUAAGUAUUUAUUGUCUAGUACAUAUCACUAGGCAUUUCUAGGGAUGUUUAUGUCUUGCUGUCCAUGAUUUAUUAAUGAAAUAAGAACAGGUGUACUGAUCUUGUGUUUGCUUUAUAACAAGACUCAACAGAGACUUGUCAUGGCUUUAUAACAAGACUCAACAGAGACUUUUCAUUGCUUUAUAACAAGACUCAACAGAGACUUUUCAUUGCUUUAUAACAAGCCUCAACAGAGACUUGUCAUGGCUUUAUAACAAGCCUCAACAGAGACUUGUCAUGGCUUUAUAACAAGACUCAACAGAGACUUUUCAUUGCUUUAUAACAAGACUCAACAGAGACUUUUCAUUGCUUUAUAACAAGCCUCAACAGAGACUUGUCAUGGCUUUAUAACAAGACUCAACAGAGACUUGUCAUGGCUUUAUAACAAGACUCAACAGAGACUUGUCAUGGCUUUAUAACAAGACUCAACAGAGACUUUUCAUUGCUUUAUAACAAGCCUCAACAGAGACUUGUCAUGGCUUUAUAACAAGCCUCAACAGAGACUUGUCAUGGCUUUAUAACAAGACUCAACAGAGACUUGUCAUGGCUUUAUAACAAGACUCAACAGAGACUUGUCAUGGCUUUAUAACAAGACUCAACAGAGACUUGUCAUGGCUUUAUAACAAGCCUCAACAGAGACUUGCAUGACAUGUAAGAAUAUCUCCAGGCCCAAGUUUUACAAAUCUUCCUUAACUUAAGGAAAUCUUAACUUUCGUAGAAAAGAUUACAAUUUAUGCCUGAGAGCUGCAUUUGGAAUAUAAAUGAAUGGUCAGCAGCUUACUCAGUCAAGGGGAGACAAACCUCUGGAGGCAUACGCAGUAAACAUUCUUGGUGGAACCUUUUAACACAGAUCUGAAAAGGUCAUCCUUAUUACAUGUAAUUUCAUGUGGAAAAAUCAAAAAAAUGUAAGGAUGAUUUAACACUAGCCCAGUCUUGCCAUGGAAUACAAUCUAGGUUUAUGUAAAAUUCAUAAUCUUUGAUGGACUAAAGAAAAUGUUUCCCUUCAGAGAAUAUUUGAAAUAUGAAAUUCAUAAGUUUUGAUAGACUGAAUGAAAAUAUUUCUCAUUGGAGAAUAUUUGAAAUGUGAAAUAUGAAAUUCUUUCUACAAAUAUGCAGUCAUAUCCGUCCUGGGGAUAGAAAGUAUGUAGGUAACAUCUAGUGCUGUGACAAGGUUCCACUACAGUUAGUUAUCAUAAUCAUGCUUGACAUUGUAAACAGUACAUAGGUCGUGUAGUUCUAAUUGGUGAUUUAUGUUACUUUUUCAUUUAUAGUGCCAUGUGUUCAUUCAUUAUGUUUAAAUGGUUUCAUUUGUAGCUAUUACUAUUGAUCACAUGGAAUGUGAAAUCAAAUUAAAAGUAACAUAUUACAAUG